AUGUCCAUCUUCCUCGCCCCGCGCUCAACCCACUUCGUCCACAUCCGACACCUCAACAUCUUCGUAACCCCCCACGUCAUACCGAACCUCACCAAGAUCCUCGAAGCGACAGAGCAAGACCCGCGAGACACCGCAAUGAUCACCGCCAAACGCUUCGUCCGCUUCCGCGUCGUCCACCCGAACGACCUCGCCCUCCACCGCACCUGGUUCGAACGUUCGAACCCUUUGAAAGGCAGCCCCCGAUACACAGCCUUGAGAGACUGUGCCGCCAGCUCCUUCGAGAGGAAGGACUGGAGCUUGGGUGUGCCUAAAUAA